CAGCAGCUUUGCUCAUGGAUCUCACAGUCCCAAAAGGACUUAGCAAAGUCUAUACUAAUUGGGGCUCCAGGAGGAGAGAUGUUCACUGGUGACACUUUAACCAGUCCUCAAGGCUGAUCCACAGCCUAGCCGGACCUUUGCCUCUGUCAGUGUCAUAUUGUGAAGCAGACCUACAGAGACGGACGGGGUAGGCGUGCGGUGACAUGGAAGGACCAGCCGGGUAUCUGCGUCGUGCUAGCAUAGCCCAGCUAACGCAGGAGAUGGGGACUGCCUUCUUCCAGAAGCAGCAGCUAUCAGCCGCUAUGGCAGACACCUUUCUUGAACACCUCUGCCUGCUGGACAUCGACUCUGAGCCAGUAGCUGCUCGAAGUACCAGCAUCAUUGCCACCAUUGGUCCAGCAUCUCGCUCCGUGGAGCGCCUCAAGGAGAUGAUCAAGGCCGGGAUGAACAUUGCAAGACUCAACUUUUCCCACGGUUCCCACGAGUACCAUGCUGAGUCCAUCGCCAACAUCCGGGAGGCAGCGGAGAGCUUUGCAACUUCCCCGCUCAGUUACCGGCCUGUGGCCAUUGCUCUGGACACCAAGGGGCCGGAGAUUCGAACUGGGAUCCUGCAGGGGGGCCCGGAGUCGGAAGUGGAGAUUGUGAAGGGCUCCCGGGUGCUGGUGACUGUGGACUCAGCCUUCCGCACGCAGGGGAACGCGAACACGGUGUGGGUGGACUACCCCAAUAUCAUCCGGGUCGUUGCAGUGGGGGGCCGCAUCUACAUUGACGACGGACUCAUCUCCCUGGUGGUCCAGAAAAUCGGCCCAGAGGGGCUGGUGACUGAAGUGGAAAACGGCGGUAUCCUGGGCAGCAGGAAGGGAGUGAACUUGCCAGGCACAGAGGUGGACCUGCCUAGUCUAUCUGAGCAAGAUGUCAAGGACCUGUGCUUCGGGGUGAAGCAUGGUGUGGACAUCAUCUUUGCCUCCUUUGUGCGCAAAGCCAGUGAUGUGGCUGCUGUCCGGGCUGCCCUGGGGCCAGAAGGAGAGAACAUUAAAAUUAUCAGCAAAAUUGAGAACCAUGAAGGCGUGAAGAAGUUUGAUGAAAUCUUGGAGGUGAGCGAUGGCAUCAUGGUGGCACGGGGAGACCUGGGCAUCGAGAUCCCAGCUGAAAAGGUUUUUCUGGCUCAGAAGAUGAUGAUUGGGCGCUGCAACUUGGCAGGCAAGCCCGUGGUCUGCGCCACACAGAUGCUGGAGAGCAUGAUCACCAAAGCCCGUCCAACUCGGGCAGAAACAAGUGACGUGGCAAAUGCUGUACUGGAUGGAGCAGACUGUAUCAUGUUGUCUGGAGAGACUGCCAAAGGCAACUUUCCUGUAGAAGCUGUGAGGAUGCAACAUGCGAUUGCCAGAGAGGCAGAGGCUGCCGUGUACCACCGGCAGCUGUUUGAGGAGCUACGGCGAGCAGUGCCACUGAGCCGUGAUCCCACUGAGGUCACUGCCAUUGGUGCUGUGGAGGCUGCCUUUAAGUGCUGUGCUGCUGCUAUCAUCGUGCUGACCACGACUGGCCGCUCAGCCCAGCUUCUGUCUCGGUACCGACCUCGGGCAGCAGUCAUUGCUGUCACUCGUUCUGCCCAGGCUGCCCGCCAGGUCCACUUGUGUCGAGGAGUAUUCCCCUUGCUCUACCACGAACCUCCAGAGGCCAUCUGGGCAGAUGAUGUUGAUCGUAGAGUCCAAUUUGGCAUUGAAUGUGGAAAGCUCCGUGGCUUCCUCCGAGCUGGGGAUCUGGUGAUUGUAGUGACAGGCUGGCGACCUGGCUCUGGCUAUACCAACAUCAUGCGGGUGCUGAGCAUAUCCUGAGAUGCCCUCUCUCCUCAGACCUCGCCUGUAUCAUAUCCCUUCCUCCUCCACUCUGCUGCUUGAAACCAACACCCCUUCCACAGCAUGUCUCUGUACCCCCAUCCUUCCUACCAGAAUUAACAUCUGUCAUCUAGCCCCAUUCCAGGGUACCCCUCCCCAUCUCCCUGAGGUCCUGGAAAUCUGUGUCCAAUUAAUUUUGCACUGGCUACCAAUUGUAUAUCCCCUGCAUUCAAUCUGCUCAGCUAGACCUAAGAUGCCCUGAGCCUUUAAUCCCAGCUUGGCUGGUUAAUUCUAUUCAUCUAGGCUUCCAAUCCCUGGGGCUGGGGAGAGGAAUUAGGGUGAUCUUUUCCACAGCCUACACAGAAUCAUUUUAAAAAAUACCUUGUGUUUCUGC